UUCAAAGUGUUUAUUACGGAAGCGGACUCGCGCAAGGCGACGGUGCAACUCAUAGAAUAGUGAAAUAUACAAAUUAACGCGGUUAUUAAACUGUCAAUACACAAUGAUUGUUGUGUGUGAAAGAGAGCGCUGUAAAAAAGGCACGAUUUCGUAAAAUGCAGCGAGUGAAAUAAAAAACCGUGUUUUUAUUAUUAUUACCUGCUUUCGAAAAAUUAAAAAACACGCUAAUGUGUAGAAUUUUACAUAUAUAGUGCCAUAUAUACUUGUACAUACGAAAUACAUAUGAACAGCUUCUUUUGUGCUACAGAACGAGUUUAUAUGCGCGUUUGUGUGUUAUUGACCGCUGGCGAGUCACCAAUUGUUGAGCUUUUUCACGGUUAUUGACAGACGCUUAUAUACUGUUUGCAUUGAUACAAAGCGACUAACGAUAACUUCAUGCAGUGGAAAACAGAAGCAAAUACGGCAAAAAAGUUUAAGCAUAGAGUCUCGCAAGACAUACACAUAAUUAUGAACGAUUAUGUUCAUAUAAGCAUAAAAUGCUGUGAUAAAAAUUGUAGAUUUUUAUUGCUCGUUUUUGUUGUUUACAAAAUUUGAUUGAAAACAAAUACAUAUCAACAAUAUGAGUAGUCGUCAAAAUGACUUGGCCGCGUACAGUGCGAGGCGAUUAAAACGCGCAACAUUCGUUCAAAUAAGAAAUUACUAAUUAUUUGAAGUGAAAUAGUGAUUCAAAGUGGAUUUAAAAAAAUAUUUAUCGCUUUUCGGCAUUGUUUUAAUAUGUGAUUUCAUUGCGCAAACUCGUACAUAACUACAUAUGUUAAGAUGUAUAGUAAAACAUUAAUAAUGUGUUAAGAGAUCAAAAGUGAAAAAUUGACGCAGCAAAAAUAAAAAUUGUUUACAAACAAGUUUAAGUUUUAAAUGAAUUGUACAAAUACUUCAACACAUCAAUAUCAAGAUGAGACUUCCACACACGUCGAUAAGACACACAAGCCUUCGGAGAAGCGGCGGUUUGAAUAAAACGAGCAUAUUUGCGGCAUUACUACUUCUAUGCUUAACCACAUUGUGGAGAGUUCAAGCCGCGCCACAAUUAUUUCCAACAAACGACGACGAGGAAUUCCGUCGUAAUGAUGCUGUCGAAUACGGUGCACCGUUAAUCACACCUCUAAUGGACUAUGUAACACUUGAAUUAAAUACAAAUUAUACAAUACGUUGUGAGGCCGAUGAACCAUUAUCGUGGAGACUACCUGGUGAUACUGUUGAUUACGACGAGCAAACAUUUAACACUGGUGAUCCACAACGUCCCCAUGGCAGUAUGCUAUAUCUACAGGAUAUAUCUAGCAAGAAUUUGGGUAAUUACUAUUGCAUAAAAAAAUCGAGUAUUCCAAAUAGACUAGACGCAAUGCAGGACGAGGAACUUGUAGAGUUGGUUAAUAAUUAUAAAGCGUCCUCAAUUUACAUAUACGUUAAUGAUCCCGUUAAUCUUUUGUCACAAAAUGAAUUUCCGGUAAUUAGUGCGCUACAGUACCAGGAUACGGUCAUACCAUGCAAACCAACUAUGCCCGACAUAGAAGUGCUGCUAACCACGUCGCAUGGUGAAACAUUUUCCAGUGAAAAUACCGGCCGCUAUAAUCCCCAGCGCGGUUUCGUCGUCGAAAUACGCGGCGUUACCGAUGGCGGCAGCUAUGUGUGCCGACCGAAAGUGCCGUCUCCAUUAAAUGAUGAGGAGGAACAAACCUUUGAGAUCUUUUUUAGUGGUAACGAACCUGUUAAUCCUGUGGAAAUGGGUGUGGAUGUUGAUCUUAAUGUUGACACAACUAAUCUUGGUGAUGGCAAUAUUGAUCAUGAAAAUAAGCGUAUCAUUGGCGUUGAAACUCAUAAUAGCAAUAUCCUAGCAAAUGUUGUGGGUGUUACUAAUGGUGACGGUUACGUUACGACUCAAGCGACUACACUUUUUGGCUAUAAAAACGCAAAAGUAGUUAACAAUUAUACAGACGACCCGCGCACUGACAUUGAUAAUAGUGACAGAAUUGUUGUUGAAGAAAAUCAUAUUUAUGAAAGCGAACCACAUCGUUCAACACGUUUGCGCGACACAAAAAGACCGCUUUUAAAACGCGCUGCGCCAACAACUAGAUGGCAUAGUUCACGAUUCCGUGGUGCGUUACGAUCGAGUACGAAAUAUAUUGAGAAACCGAUUAUAACCUCAAAUUCCCGUGGACAUGUGAACGUUGGUGAAAAUUUCACGCUGAAUUGCUAUGUGAAAAUCGCCUUUGAUGUUUCCUACUCAACAGAAUGGAAAACACCGCCAGGAGUUGAUGAGGACCGCAUGAUUAAAACUAUACCAACAUUUAUAAAUAAAACAUCCACACAUCAAGUCGGCGAGGCAAAAUUGACAAUACUAAACGCUAAGAAAUCGGAUUCUGGUCUUUAUGAAUGCAUUUGCACGGACCAUUCGAAAAAUGUUGGACGCAACAAUUAUCAAAUGACAGUUUUAAAUCGCGAUGAGGGCUAUAUCAACAUUAGUGAGCCUUCCGGUUAUUACAAAAUCGCCAGUAGCGCGAAUAAAAAGGUGCAGAUCAAUGUUAAAUAUCGCGGUUAUCCGUUUCCUACGCUUACUUGGUACAAACCAGACAACACGCAAAUUCAUCCAUCCAAAAAAUAUAUCAUCAACACCACCGACACUUCGAUUACGCUGCAAAUUGUGAAUGCACAACUGGAGGACAGUGGUGAAUAUGUGAUACGCGCCAAGAAUGAAUUGCUGGUGAAAGAGUUGAAAUUCAAUGUGAGCAUCAGCGACAAACCCAAAGUAACAGUCGAGGAUGUGUAUGUGCAGGCUGGCGAAGAAGCACAUCUACAAUGCAAAGUGUUAUCCUUUCCUUUCGCCGUAGUCUCAUGGGUAUUUACACCGUGUAGCAUAUCGCCGCGUUGGCCUUCGUGCAACAAGCGAAUGGAUCAAAAUUUUAAUUCUACACGAAAUGCGCAACCAGGCGCAACGGCCGUUGAAUAUAUACAUGACCUAUUUUUUACGCCAGAAAAGCCGGGUAUUAUGCAUUGUUUAGCAGUAAAUCCGAAAGGUAUGGGUGAAGGUAAAGGUCACGUGCUUAUUGGCGACAUAAAUGAAAAUAUGACCAUAUACGGUACGGAUGAGAAUAAGAAAAUUGCACGCGGUGAUGAGGUGACACUCACGUGUGCUGCUCUCUCUUAUUACUUCUCUGACGAUCUGGAUUGGUAUAAAGAUGGCGAAUUGGUGGAAGAGGACAGCAGCAAUUUUGUCAUCAGCAACUCUUCAAGCAGCUACUCGUAUCAAAAAACAUUGGUAAUCGAAAAUAUACAAGAUCGCGAUCAGGGCAGUUAUGAGUGUCGUGCACGUAAUGCAAACAAUCCCGAUAUGCAAGAAACUAAAUAUAGGAGCAUUUUUGUUAAUGAACCCUUGGCUCCAAUCAUGCGGUAUACCAAUCUUGAUGAGAAUGAUAAAAUGGAGCGCAAACUAGGCGAUGCUUUACAAUUGGAAUGCAAACCGGAAGCAAUACCAGCAGCGGAAGUACAUUGGUAUAAGGACGAUGUUGAAUUGAACAACAGCAGUUAUGUGAACAUUCUAGACGACGGCAGCAAACUAAUUAUACAAUAUAUCAAACCUGAACAUGAAGGUGCAUACAAAUGUGUGGCUUCAAAUCGUUUGGGUUCUGCCGAAGUGAGUUCGGCGGUUAAAAUAACAAAUUUGCCACGCAUGCGCGUCGGUUGGAUACUCGCCAUACUGUUCUUCUUCAUUUUCCUUAUUGCCCUGGUGAUUUAUCUAUGUGUGCGUGUCAUGCGCGAACGAAAGCGUCUGCGUGAUUACAAAGCGGCCGGUUUGGCAAAUUUCGAAGACGGCGCUGUGGAGCAUAUAAAUCCAGCGCUGACAUUAGACGAACAGGCCGAUUUAUUGCCAUAUGAUCGUGCUUUUGAAUUUCCACGUGAAAAACUUAAAUUGGGAAAGCAAUUGGGUGCCGGCGCCUUUGGUGUGGUGCUAAAAGCUCAUGCGGAAGGCAUACGACCAGAUGAAAAGGAAACCGUAGUGGCUGUGAAAAUGGUCAAACGUAUUGCUGAUAAUGAGGUGAUGCGUGCACUGGUGACGGAAUUAAAGAUUUUGGUGCAUCUUGGCCCAAAUUUGAAUGUUGUCAAUCUCUUGGGUGCAGUAACCAAAAAUAUUGCGAAACGUGAAUUAAUGGUUAUUGUGGAGUACUGUCGUUAUGGUAAUGUACAAAACUUCUUACUGCGCAAUCGUAAACGAUUUAUAAAUCAAAUUAACCCUGAAACGGAUAAAAUUGAUCCAACCAUUACUAAACAGAGGUUUUCGGAUAAUUUCGAGUUAAACCGUGAUGGAGUAAGAUAUGUUAAUCUGGCAUUUGCAAAUCACCAAUAUGUUAAUCAUAUGAAUAAUAUGAACAAUAAUUAUACGGCAAAUAAUCGUAGAAACUCCGACGAGGACCCACGCUCCGGCACACGUGCCGGCCGUCCCAAUUCCACCGGAUAUUUGCGUCAAUCGGAUUUGUACGAAGGCCAUGUGGAUAGCUGUGCAACGGAGCAGACUGUAAUGACCACAAUACCGGAGGACGAUGAUAAUGUCUUAUCCAAUAAUUCUGUGCAACCUGCUUGGCGCUCCAACUACAAACCAGAUAGUACAGAAGCCAUGACAAUUACCACAACACAGCUGGUGAGUUGGGCAUUCCAAGUGGCACGCGCCAUGGAUUAUCUGUCAUCGCGUAAAGUGUUGCAUGGUGAUCUGGCGGCUCGUAAUAUCCUGCUUUGUGAGGAUAAUGUGGUGAAAAUUUGCGAUUUUGGCUUAGCACGUUCCAUGUAUAAGAGUGAGAAUUACAAGAAACAAGGCGAAGCGCCGUUGCCUAUUAAAUGGUUGGCCUUGGAGUCGCUCAGUGAUCACAUAUUUAGCACUUAUACUGAUGUCUGGUCGUUUGGCAUUGUUUUGUGGGAGUUUUUCUCAUUGGCCAAAGUACCCUAUCCCGGUAUGGAUCCGAAUCAGAGCUUAUAUUUAAAAAUAAAAGAUGGUUAUCGCAUGGAGAAACCGCCAUAUGCCAAUAAUGAAUUGUAUGAUAUAAUGCUGGAGUGUUGGAGUACAAAUCCGGAGAGCCGUCCAUUAUUUAAUGUGUUGGAAAAGUAUUUCGCACGUAUGCUGGGCGAGGAUGUGACAAAUCACUAUGUUGAUUUGAAUGACACUUAUUUACGCGCGAACAUGGAUAAUGCCAAUACCAAGCCAACUGAUUAUCUGUCGCUAAUGGGCUCACCAGACGAAAUGGCACCGGCGCCACCACGCUAUGUAAACGGCCAUAUACUGCCUGAAAUACGUAUACAGCCAUCUACUUCCGACGACUACUUAAAUAUGAGCAUCGAAACUGGUACAACCAUUUUCUCACCGACACGUCCCAAAGACUAUCAAAAUUCAAAUGAUGAUACAAAUACAACAACAACUUCUUUCACCUUCCCAGAUAAUACAGCACCCACAGCGCCACCAAUAUCACAACAUUCCCCAACCUUAGUGAAUAAUCUCGAUAGUCCAAUCAAUAAGCAUCGCAAGAAAGAGGGCAUACAACCGGAGGAGAUACCAAUGCUGACGGGCACACAUCACAAUUCCGAUGAUGGUGGCGACAGUCCAGAGCAAGACCGAAAGUUCGCCAAAAACAUAUUACAACAACAUGUACGUGCUACGCCUACACCGUCGCCACGUCAUCACAUCGCCGAGACCGAACUCAGCGGCAGCGAUAACUAUGUGAAUGUGAAUUCACCGAAAAAGUUGAAUAACAAUGGUGCGAGAGCAGCGGAUGCAUUUUCCAAUCCCAGUUAUCAAAUUUUAAAGACUGUUUCAAAGGAUGUGGAUAAUAAAUGAAGCGUGAUCAGAAGAAAAUCCCCUGUUUGGCAAUUGCUAAUAUGUGCGCGAAUGUAAAAUUGAUCGAACAAAUAUUGUCAUGAUUAGUUGAAUUCGACUUUUGUAGUAACUACAAUCUACAAACUAUAUUAUACUACUACAAGUGAGGGUUAAUUAUCGAAAGUAAAAUCAAUUUUUUUUUAAUUUUAAUUUGUUAUUAUUCUGGGUUAUUUUUUUAAUGAAUCUUCCUUUAAAGUCGAUUUUAUACAUAUUAUGCUAAUAAGUGUUCAUUUUCAUAGUCAAAAUGAGUUAUAGUCAUAAGUAUUGCAUGCGAUUUUGCUUAUUCACAAUAACUUGACAUUUAUUUUAACGGUUUUAGCUUUCCAAAUACCAUUGAUCUUAUCGAUGAAAGCGCGCCAGCUUAAAAAAACGGUAACAUUUUACAUACAUAAUGCAUUUAUUUACUAUAAAUGGAAGAAUAAAGGGUUUUUGGUCAUAUUUUAUCCAUUAUUACAUUACAAAAUUAAAUAAUAAGGCUAAAAUUACAAAUGAUCAUAAAUUUCAAACUUUUUAAUCCAAAAACUGUAUUCAGAAUGCUUAAAAAUCAUUUAUACUCCUAAAUCAUUAAAAGAAACACAAUGGGAUAGCUUAAACGCCGACUUGAAUACUUAUAUAUAAAUGUAUUGCGAUAAAAAAUGUUUGUUUUAAUGAAGUAUCCUUAUGUAAACUUAGAUAAUUGUUGUAUAAUUAAAAUAUAAGAAAGAUACUUUCCUCAUUAAUACCUAUACGCUGAUAAAAUAGAUUAAGUUUACAUAUUUACAACUACUUUAACUGUACAUAGACUACUUUUAAAUAAACUGUGCGUUUCAUACUCAUAAGAAAAGUGAGCGAACAACUUUUCAAUGUGCUAUAUAUAAAUCUAUUUAGUUUUAUUGUAAUAAGAUUUAAUUUUGUGAACUUGAAUGCCUUAAACAUUUUGCGCAGGAAUAAAAUCUACGAUAUAUAAAAGUUGCUA